CACAGCAUUUCUGAUUCACAGACUCGAUCAUGACUGUAGUGAGGACUCUUGACGUCAGAGGGGAGAAUCAUCGGUGAGGUCCAAUGGGGGGAAUAUCAAGCGAGGCAGAGCUAUCGUCCUACCAACAGUAUUAGCCAUGCUAACCGACGAACACCUCGCCUUUCCACUGGACCUAACCCGCCAAAGAUGACGGUUUUACUCAACUACGUGAAACAAAGGGCAAUUUAGUUCCUCUUUUAUGUUGUUCUCCGUCUCUUUCUGGGUCCUCCAUCUCUCUCGUAUGACAGGCACGGACUGCGCGCAAGCUCGAGGGAGAAAAAGGCAUUGCAGCUUCAUGGCACUGAGCUCGCCUGGAUGCAGUUUGCUACAAUGUUUUGCUGCUUCCAAACGUGAUUUUUAACUAUGAUUCACUCUCUUGCAGCAGCAAUGAGCAACCAACUUCAAAACACCUCUUCCCUCUCCACGGCGGACACGUGGAAUCUCCUGGAUGUGCGGAACUCAUCACCGGUGCGAACGGCAGAGCUGAGGCCGCUUUCCGUUAGCCCGUGGGACAUUGCGUUGUGCGUGACAGGCACGCUCAUCUCCUGCGAGAAUGCAAUCGUAAUUGCUAUCCUGUUCUACACGCCCACCUUGAGAGCCCCCAUGUUCAUUCUCAUAGGGAGCCUCGCGUUCGCAGACCUGCUCGCGGGACUCAGCCUCAUUCUCAACUUCGUCUUCAUCUAUAUGCUGAACUCAGAGUUUGUAACUCUGAUCUCCGUUGGCUUGCUGAUCGCUGCGUUCUCCGCAUCUGUGCUCAACAUCCUGGCCAUCACGGUGGAUCGCUACUUGUCCCUCUACAACGCUCUGACCUACCACACGGAGCGCAUGGUGACAUUCACCUAUGUCAUGGUGGUUCUCAUUUGGCUGGUGUGCAUCAUCCUGGGCCUACUGCCAGUGCUCGGCUGGAACUGCCUCCGAGAUGAGGCCAGCUGCAGUAUCUGCCGGCCGGUCACCAAGAACAAUGCCGUGGUUCUCGCUGUGACGUUCUUGCUGGUGUUUGCCCUCAUGAUGCAGCUUUACCUACAGAUCUGUAAGAUUGCCUUCCGCCAUGCGCAGCAAAUUGCUGUCCAGCACCAGUUCAUGGCCAUUUCCACCACAAAAGGUGUAUCCACGCUCUCCGUCAUCCUCUGCACCUUUGCCGCAUGUUGGAUGCCCUUCGCAAUGUAUUCAAUUGUGGCAGACUCUAGCUACCCGAUGAUCUACACGUAUGCAACAGUGCUGCCGGCGACAUGCAACUCGGUCAUAAACCCAAUCAUAUACGCUUACAGAAAUCCAGACAUCCAGAAAUCUCUGUGGCUAGCCUGCUGCGGAUGCGUGCCGUCCAACUUCUCCUUGCGGCCAAGGACAUCGAGCGAUGUAUAGGUCAGACUCACAUAAUUAGUUUGUACUGUAUCAGUGUUAAUGAUAUGAUGUCCUCCCUUGGUGGGAUCCCAGUCAAAUGUUGCUGGUUGUGCAGUAGGUGUUGCGAUCCAAGAGGUCAACCUGCUAUGUAUAAUUAGAUGUCUUUAAUGCAUAGUAGACCUCUAUGCACAAAAUUUCAAAUUAUACCAGAUGUGAGACCGUUCAAAUUGAACAUGAUCAGAAUAAUCCAGAUAUUCUGAGAUAUGCACUACAGGCCCAGUGACACAUAUACUAUUUAUCUAAAAAAAAAGAAAAGAAAACACCAUUAACAGUGAAAUACAUUACAAAACUGACCUGAUACGUGUAAAGAAAACUGUAAACGGUAGACAGCUUUCGACUACAUGUUCAUGCUAUAUGGAGUUCUUUCAGCACCACGGACAGCGGCAGGUACAAUGAAGCUAUUCCCUACUCCCCACUUCCAACACUUAAAUCUGUGUUCGCUUAAAAAUGUAUGAAUGACAGAGAGAAAACACGGUCCUGUGAGCAAAAUUUAUAGCGCUUCUGGCAUUUGUCGCUUUACAGCCAAUUUUAUCAAAUCACUUUUUUUAGAAACUGAAAUUAUGGUGCAUGGAAAAAAAUUACCUCUUUUCAUUUUAAUGUGAUUAUUUGUUGCUACACAUCAUUGGCGGUGAAAUUUCAUAAAUUUAAAAAACCAGGAGAAAAGCCAAUUUGUUUAGACAUGCUGAACUUGUUUAUUGUCUAACGUCCCUAAUGACAUUGAAAUAUCUCCUGCCACGAAGCUGUAAGGCAAAUCAUAUUUUCACACAUUUUUGGUCUCUGGAAUCCAUUAAGCACACGUCUUGGUGUUGGUGCAAAAUGGCAGGGUUAAUGAAGGUCUGAGUGCGAAAUGAGGUGUCAGCCACAACGCUUUAAUUUCGACAUCAGGCAGCAUCUUUCAAGGCAAUUUUGCGUAAGACCAACUGAGACAUGAACGCUUAAAUAAGACAAGUGCUCCUGGGUUUGUACAGAAAAAUGAUCCCGGUGAUUAUCAGAUAUAAUUGAGUGUGUAGAAUGUACAAUUAGUCCAUCAGAUCAAGGAUCAAUGUUAGGGGCAGGCUUGUGUGUAAAUAGAUCUGCAUGAAGGCCUAUUAAAAGAUCAGAUAACUAGGCCAAAAUGGGACAGAAGGGACUUCAGUUAAGAUUUAGCCAAAAGGACCUUGAAAUAGCAUGUAAGAUUUAAAAACACAACAUUAAAUCAGCCGAAUUGGAUUUAUACUAUGCUAACAACCAAAAAAAAAAAAAAAAAAAAAAAAAAAAAAAAAACCUAACACACACACACACACACACACAUACAUAAGAAACACAAAGGACAAAACCGAGAAACACUAUGCCUUUUUCCAAAUGGCGCAAAAGAAACAUCAGUAAAAGCUAAAAGAAUAGUUGUCAUAAUAUUUUAUAUGCAUAGAUAUUUGUUAAGCUUGACCGUAACAAAGCCUUGUGUUUUCGAGGGGGGUAUGAAUGUCACAGCUGUUCUUUGACGACCCCUCAUUUGCAGCAAAAUAUCUUAAUUUAGGCCUUACCUUUUCUCUUUUGCAAUAAUGAAUUAACGCGUACCGUUCAUUGAUAGAGCUACAAUCACAAUGAGGCCAUUGACAGAGCUAAUUUUACUUCCGGACUUGAACAUGAUUAAAAAACAGAAUGAGAAUAGGUGAGACCAGGGUGUUUCAACUCUUUAAAUCAAUUGUACUGUUUUCUAAGAUGUGCUUUCACAUUGUAGUACAAGUAUUCAAAGUUGGCCUUGAGAGCCCAUCCAGGUGCCCUCUAACUAACUUCAAUACUCUUAGUGACCUGUACGAAACCUGAUGGACUUUUACCUGGAGUUAUUUCACAGUCUGGACACUUUGGAACAAUUCUCCAGUGUUUUUUUUUUCUGCACGAUUGUGUGAUAUGCCUGAUUGUUUGUGGUUGUGUGUGUGAAAGCGAGAGAACCAUUUGUUUAUAUACCACUCACUUAUGUCAGGAGUGGGGUUCAGUGACCAGUCACACUGUGCCCACUUAUAAAAAAUAACCCACCCCACAUAAUACACAACAGUUGGCAAAUAUCAGUGUUUUUCAGCAAAUCUCUACCGUUAUGUAAUGUAUCUUCACUACAGUGUACUCAAUGGGAUGCCAUAGAUUCAGUUCGUUCAGGGGUGCAGCAGUUAUUUUUCUUAUGCAAUGCUGUAUGAAAACGUAUAUUUUUAUACACAUCAGGGCAUGAGUUUUAUGAUGUCGUUUUGGUGUGUGUGCGUGUAUAUGUGUGUGUUCUGUACCUGUAUUCUUAUCGAUGGUUUCCUAGAAAAAGCAAAAAAAAAAAAAAAAAAAACAGAAACAAAAAACAAACGAUCAAAAAAGUGUUGGCAAGGCAGAAAGUGCCAUAAUUUCACUUACUAGUGUCUUAUUGAUUUCAUGCAUUUAUCAGAUCAGUAAAAACAAAGAUUAUGAUUUGUAACAUCACCUGACUGUGUCGACAGCACCGUUCACCUUCAAAUUUGCAGCGGUCGAGGCACAGACUGGUGUCCAGAUAGUCGACAUCUAGGCAGCUUGACUACUAAACAUAGAUGGCAUAUAAUUUGUUUAGUAGCGGCUAGUUUGAACAGUUGGUUCUAAAAGUUAAAGCUCAAAAAUAGAGCCAGAGAACCAGGUGGUGCGCACGUUCUACGCCAAGGGAAUGGCUGGAUUCCACCCUCUCUCUUGGACACUGGUGCCCACUACAGCUAACGGCAGAGCAAUGCAGUCCUCUCUUUAGCGUUCUGUUGGACUGGGACAGCCCUUUUGUGUGCCAGACUACAGACAGAUGGCCCACCCCCAGCCUCAUGCUCAAAAGUGACCUAUCUAAUUACUAACACCACAGAUAUCAUCACAGAAUUGAAGUAUGCCAGGCAGCCAGCCAUCUAGAAUUUCACAUAUCUCCAGUCAGAAGUGGACAAAAUAUAAGAUGACUGCAUUCCUCUGGAGCUACAGUACAGGCGAUGGAGGCUUCUUUUUGAGAGUUACAAAGAAGAAAAAUCUAUCGUGAGACCAGCGUACCUUAGUCUUCUGUUGUGACGUCAGCGCUGGCGUACGUAAAUGGAGAGAGGUCGUCUGAAUGACGGCACCUAACCACAUGGAAGCUCUAUUACCACUAAAUCAGGCCCUGCUAAAAAUAACCUUGAAGAGCAUGAAAUGUUACAUUUAUCUAGGGUACUUGAAAUCCGUUUUCUGGGCCAUUAAGCCGAGCUCUGUGUCUCCCAUCUACAGCUACAAUAGAGCGAGAAGACGCCUUCCUAAAAUAAGGGAGGGGAGAGAGACAAGCCUUUAGAAGAGCCUCUGGGGUUAUGUAACCACUGCACCCAAAUGUAGCUCAUUCUCUGAAAUCCAAAUCUCUGUGCAUUACAGAUAAAGUCUCACUAUGAUCUACAAUCACUUUUGCAAUCUAUAGAGCUAAAGGAAUGUUUUUGUGUAGGUAAACUGUCAGCACAAUUACGUGGCCCUUAUUAGCAAGCGGUCAGAGAUGUGGAUGGGUGCUCUGAUACUGUGAUGUAAUUGUUGUUGAUAAUUUUCUUGCUUUGUUUGUUUCUCUUUGUAUUGUGAACUGAAAUCUGACAAGUACGAUGCACUUUAUGAAAGGUACAUGCUACACGUUGCAAUGUAAGUGUGGAAUGUAAUCCUUCCUAAAAAAUGAUUUAUUUUUUAUUACUGUAAAUAUGACAAUACUGAGACAAAAAGAGAGUGAGUGAGUGAGAAGAAAAAAACAACAACACCACGAGGAGAAUACUUUGUCAAAUAAAAUUCAGCAAACC